AUGUUUGGACAACCACCACUACAACCAACUGGAGGAAUUUUUGGUUCUGCUCCUGCUCCUGCAUUUGGCGCAGUAACGACUUCUACAACUCUAUUUGGUGGCAAUCCUAUUUCUUCAUUUGGCGGAUUUGGUGCUCAACCACCACAACAACAACCAGCUACAGGAGGAAUUUUUGGUUCGAAACCGUCUUUUGGUGGUUUUGGCUCUCAACCACCACAACAACCUUUUGGUGCCCAACCAAAUACUACAGGUUCAAUGUUCGGUUCCCAAUCUGCAACUGGAGGAAAUUUAUUCGGACAACCAAACAUCGGCUUGCAAAAACCAUCAAUUUUUGGAGGAGCUAAUGCACAAAUUCAACCACAACCAGGCACAUUUCCUAAUACUCAACAAAGUCCAACUCUACUUGGUUCAAAUUUAAAUACUUCAGCAUUUCAAAAAGAAAUUAUUGAAUCACAACUUUCUUCACUUCCAUAUGGAGAUAGUCCUCUUUUAAAAAUUUCUACAUCUCCAAGGAAAUCUGCACAGGAUAUUAUCAGGCAAAUAACUUUUGGUACAAAAGAUGGUCAACAAAAAUCUUCUUCUACUACAAGUCCACAAAAUUCUUUUCUUGCUGAUUUGUCUAUUGUUUCAACAAUUUCAAGAGGAACAAAUACUCAAGACAAAGAAAAUUCAAUUGGAGAAACUCUUUUUGAUACAAGUUUAAGCUACAAACCUUUAAUUAUAUUGCCGUCAGUUGGAUUUGGUGCAGCAUUAGGAUUGAGACAUGAGCCAAAAUUGACAAAAUCAUUUGCAAGCGAAAAAUCUUUCAUUUCUGGAAAAUCAACAUCACUUCAUUUAAGUUUUGCUGAGGAUGACACUAAAAGAAUUAAAUCGUUGGAUAUGUCUGUGGUUUUUGAGCCUUCUCCAAAUGAAGACAAUUCAUUUAUUGCCGAUAAAUCUUCUCAAGUUAAUUCUGUUCUUGUCCCAUUACAAUUAUCACCAUCUAUGGAGAGUGAACGUCCUACUAUUGAAGAAAUUCAGUCACCACCAGAGAAGACUCUUCCUCCCAAAGAACCUAUUCAACAAAAUAAACAACAACAACAAAAUACUCAACAACUAUUUCAGCAACCACAACAGAAAAAAUUUAAAAUGAAAUUGUCUCGUCCAGAAUAUUAUUCAAAUCCUUUAUUAGAAGAUUUGGAAUCAUUGUUUGACUCAAAAGGAAUUUGUAAAAUUGAAGGUGGAUUAACUAUUGGACGUUUGGGAUAUGGAAGUGUUUUUUGGAGAGGACCUAUAGAAUUACAAGAACCUUUGGAUUUGGAUGAAAUUGUUCAUUUUCGAAAUAAAGAAGUUGUUGUAUAUCCUGAUGAAUCUAAAAAACCGGAAGUUGGACUUGGAUUAAAUAAACCUGCAGAAGUUAGUUUAGAAAAUGUUUGGCCGAUGAAUCCAAAAACUAAAAUGCCAAUCAAGGAUACUGACGAAUUGAUACGAAUGAAUUUUAAAGGCAAAUUGGAACGCUUAUGUGCACGUAUGGAUGCGUGUUUCGUUGAUUAUCAACCAUCUCGGGGGGUUUGGAUAUUUCAAGUCGAACAUUUUUCGAAAUAUGGAUUUCAUGAUGAGGAGGAUGAUGAAGACAUUAUCGAUAUUAAUCAACAACAACAAACGGGCGGUGAUAAAAUUCAUUCUGCCAAUCUGCAAAAUCUAAUACAAAGAGCAAAAGUUCCUUUACGCGAAAUACAAAAAACAUCUGAUGGAAAUAAAAAUAAUAAAAGGGAAUACUUACAACAGCAAACAACGGGACUUGUUGACAAUAGAGGAGAUUUUGCUGAAUUUAAUGAGGAAGAUUCCAAACUUUUUCAAGACCAAAUAAUUUGUAAGAAACUUCGUUUUGAUGAUACUUUGUUUGAUUCCAGUAAACUUUUAAAUAUUGUCGCAAACAAAGAACAACAACAAGGCCAAAUUUAUCCUCAAAAAUCAAAAUUGGUUGAGCGUUUACCAAAAUAUUUUUAUCAAGGACUUGAUUCACAAAAUUUGUCCAAAUCAUUUUUAAAAAAAUGUGGAAUUAAUUUUCUUUUGCCAAGCUGUAAAAUUGGGUUUAGUCAAGAUUUGGUUUUUGCUGCAAUUCCACCAUCUACACAUUUAAAUGCUGUUAAUAUUUAUCAGACGAGAGUUAUUGUUCCUACAGUUAAGAAUUUCUUUCUUCAAUAUAUUCGUCAAAACAAUUUAAAUUUACAAAAAUCACUUGAAAAUUUGGAAUUAACUCAACUUGUUCAAUUUGACCCUCCAUCACCAAUAUUAAGUUAUUUGGAUAAAUAUUUGACUGAAUCUUUUGUAAAUGGAAAAGAUUUGAAUAAAAGUUUUGAUGGAAUUUGUAAAAUAUUGUUAAUGGAUUUAAAGACGAUUGAAGAUAAAAUCUCUCAAAGAAUUUUAAUGGGUGAUUGGUUAUGUGAACAACUUUCAAUUGAAGACAACAACAAAACAACAAAUAAAAAACCUUUUUUAAAAAUCUUUAAAUUUUUAAUUAAUGGACAAAUUGAAAAAGCAGCAGAAUAUGCAAAAGAACAAAAUUUGUUUAAUUUGGCUUUGUUACUUUCUUUAUAUAAAUGUCCGUCUGUUGGUUUAGUUAGAAAUAUGGUUGCUAAACAGCUUUCAAUAUCUUUCAAACAAAACAAUGUUGAUAAAGAUUAUAUCAAAAUUUUACAACUUUUGUCUGGAGAAUUUAAAAAUUGUGGAGAGUAUAAUAAUUUUGGAGGAGGGGGAAAUGGAUGUUUGGAAGGACUUAAUUGGUUACAAAUACUUGGUAUUCUUAUUUGGUAUCAUGCAUCCCCUACAACAACAAUGAUUGAAUGUUUGGAUAUUUUACAGGAAUUGGUAUAA